AUGAAUCUUCCUACUCUCGAUGGGAAGAAUUAUGAUCAUUGGAGUGUCCAGAUGAAAGCAAUUUUCGGAUUCCAAGAGUGCCUUGAGGUUGUUGAAUCUGGGUUUGAAAAAAUCACUGAAUCUUCUUCUGAAACCCAGAAAUCUGCACACAGUGAAGCCAAGAAGAAGGAUUGCAAGGCAACUUUCUUGAUUCAUCAGUGCGUUGAUGCUGCAAAUUUUGAGAAGAUCUCAAAGGCAAAAUCCUCAAAAGAAGCAUGGGAGAUAUUGGAGAAAAGUCAUUCUGGGUUGGCAAAGGUGAAGAAAGUUAGACUCCAGACGAUGAGGAGGCAAUAUGAACUGCUUCAGAUGGAGGAGCAAGAAUCUAUUGCAGAAUACUUCACCAGAAUCAGAAGCUUGACCAACCAAAUGAAGACCUAUGGUGAGAGCAUGCCAGAUCAAGGAAUUGUUGAAAAGGUACUCAGAAUCCUUACUCCUAAAUUUGAUCAUGUAGUGGUAGCAAUAGAGGAAUCUAAGGACACUGAAACUCUCAAGAUCGAUGAGUUACAAGGAUCCUUAGAGGCACAUGAACAAAGAUUUAAGGAGAGAUCAGGUGAUAGGGAAUCUGAACAAGCUUUGAGUGCUCAAUGGAGAGGAAAAAAUAAUUCUGGGCAGAAUGAUAAGAAGAAAGACAAGGGAAAAUGGACUGGGGAUAAGAGGAAUGAUGGUGGAGGAUCAAGCUCACAAGAGCAAAGAUCUCAGAAGUCAAAUUCUGAUUCAAGUCAUGCCAAGAAAGGUGGAAACCAGAACAAUGGGAAACAGAAGAAGGAUAAGAGCAAGAUCCAGUGUUUCAAAUGCAGAAAUUGGGGGCAUUUUGCUUCAUAA